CUCUGCGUCUGUAGCUCGGGCGGUUCGUGUCACCGCUCGUCUCGCGUGUGUUGUGGUGAAUAGUGUUGUGGGAGCUCCCUGAGCUUCUCGUGAUCUUCAGAUUUCGGGCGAGGCCCGGCCGCAGCGCGGCUUCUGGAUUUGUUGUUCAAUAUAGUUCAGUGUUGUGAUAACAGUGAGGUGUUGUGAGUGUGCUAUGACGACGUUUACCGGAUUUGCGGUGCUCGUCGCACUGCUCACUAUAGGAGCAGUGCGAUGCGAGGACGAAACUAUCGGACCGAUUUUCAUGAAGGAACCCCCAAAUCGAGUUGACUUCAGCAACACGACCGGAGCCGUUGUCGAAUGUGCCGCACGAGGAUCCCCCGCCCCUGACGUCAUCUGGGUACGAGCUGAUGGAACCGCUGUUGGUGAUGUCCCCGGAUUGAGACAGGUUCUGCCGAACGGUAACUUGGUAUUCCCUCCAUUCAGAGCUGAAGAUUAUCGUCAGGAAGUACACGCUCAGGUAUACGCUUGCUUGGCAAGAAACCAGGUUGGAACCAUUCACUCCAGAGACGUCAACGUGCGAGCUGUGGUCGCGCAGCACUAUGAUACCGACGUUAACAAGGAGUACGUGAUAAUGGGAAACAGCAUUAUACUUAAAUGUCAGGUCCCCUCCUUCGUGGCUGAUUUCAUUGAAGUUCUAUCGUGGCAUACCGAUGAGAAAGAAGAUUUUUAUCCUGGCGAAAAUUAUGAUGGAAAAUAUUUGGUACUGCCAUCUGGCGAAUUACAUAUCCGGGAUGUUGGACCUGAGGAUGGCUACAAAUCAUACCAAUGUAGAACUAAACACAGACUUACUGGAGAAACUCGAUUGUCAGCAACUAAAGGACGUUUAGUUAUCACUGAGCCCACAAAUAAAAUAGCACCUCGAAGUGAUAAAAGCCGAAAAUUUGAGGGGGGUGAAAUAUUUUUAGUUUCCCUAGCGAACUCCGUAUACCUUACAUGUGAAGUUGCCGGAUAUCCUCCUCCGAUAUUCAGAUGGUAUAAAUUUAUCGAUGGUUCCGCAAGAAAGCAACCAGUGGUUCUUAAUGACAGAGUGAAACAGGUAUCGGGAACACUAAUAAUUAAAGAAGCUAAAGUUGAGGAUUCCGGGAAAUACCUGUGUGUUGUCAAUAACUCUGUUGGUGGUGAAUCGGUGGAAACUGUUCUGACUGUAACUGCUCCAUUAAAAGCCACUGUUGAACCUGCGACACAAACUGUUGAUUUCGGACGUCCCGCCGUUUUUACCUGCAGAUACGAAGGCAAUCCCGUAAAAACUAUCACUUGGCUUAAAGAUGGCAAGGACAUGAAACAUCACGACCCUAUUCUCAGGAUUGAAUCGGUUAAGAAGGAAGACAAAGGAAUGUACCAGUGCUUUAUUAGAAACGAUCAGGAAAGUGCCGGCGCCAGCGCUGAAUUGAAACUAGGAGGACGGUUCGAACCACCACAAAUCCGUCACAGCUUCGGUGAACAGACCCUUAGAUCCGGACCUUCCCUGCGCCUCAAGUGUGUUGCCUCUGGAAACCCCACUCCCGACAUCGCUUGGCAACUCGAUGGUGAGAAACUGAACAGUGGAGAGCGCCUUCAAAUCGGACAAUUCGUCACCGCCGACGGCAAUGUUGAAUCGCACCUCAAUAUCUCCUCCGUGCACACCAACGACGGUGGAUUGUACUCCUGUAUCGCAUCCAGCAAGGUCGGCAGCGCUUCCCACUCAGCCCGCGUCAAUGUAUAUGGUCUUCCCUAUGUACGUCCCAUGAAGAAACGCCCAGUAGUUGCUGGAGACACCCUCGUCGUACACUGCCCCGUAGCUGGAUACCCCAUCGACACUAUUGUAUGGGAGAGAGACGGACGCAUCCUGCCAAUCAACCGUAAACAAAAGGUCUUCCCCAAUGGCACACUUGUAAUUGAAAACGUUGAACGUAUGAGCGACCAGGCGACCUACACGUGCGUCGUCAAGAACUCGCAAGCGUAUAGCGCUCGUGGCACACUCGAACUGCAAGUGAUGGUUCCUCCACACAUCGUCCCAUUUGAGGCUGAAGAGCCAGUUUUUGCCGGUGAAUCUGUACAAUUGACGUGUCACGUAUCUAAAGGCGACACGCCUCUUGCUAUUACUUGGAGUUUUCAUGGGAAAGAACUGUCUUCUCAUGAAGGAAUUAUGACAACUAAAAUUGGCCAAAGAACCUCACUCCUUACAAUUCCUAGCGCGACUGCUAGUCACAGUGGCGAAUAUUCAUGUCACGCUUCGAACCAAGCUGGUCCAGCAGCUCACUCCACAACAGUUAAUGUCCAUGUAAUACCGAACAUAUUGCCGUUUGAAGUCGACCAAGCCCUCUUUUCUGGAGAGUCAGUUCAGAUGAUGUGUCAUAUAUCAAAAGGCGAUAUUCCACUAGACGUUAAAUGGGAGUUUAAUGGGAAUCCACUAUCGAGUGAACUAGGAUCUUUCACGAAAGUUGGAGAACGAUCAUCGGUCUUAAUGUUACCGUUGGUUACGGAUGCUCAUACCGGAAAUUACACAUGUAUUGCUAAAAAUCGUGCGGGCGUCGCUAGAUAUACUACUGUUCUUAAAGUCACUGUUCCCCCACGUUGGAUUUUGGAACCAACUGAUAAAGCAUUUGCCCAAGGCUCUGAUGCUAAAGUAGAAUGCAAAGCCGACGGUUUCCCUAAGCCCCAGGUUACAUGGAAGAGGGCUGAAGGUGAUACCCCCGGUGAUUACAAAGACCUUAAACCUAAUAACCCUAAUGUUAAAGUUGAGGACGGAACUCUCGCUAUAACUAAUAUUCAAAAGACCAACGAAGGAUACUAUCUGUGCGAAGCCGUUAAUGGAAUUGGAUCUGGAUUGUCUGCUGUUAUUUUGAUCAGCGUACAGGCCCCCCCUCAAUUCGAAAUCAAAAUGAGAAACCAAACCGCCCGCCGAAGUGAGCCAGCCGUUCUGCAGUGUCAAGCUAAAGGUGAAAAGCCAAUUGGAAUCAUUUGGAAUAUGAACAACAAACGUCUGGAACCCAAAUCUGACCCUCGCUACACCAUCCGCGAAGAAAUCUUGCCCGGUGGAGUUGUAUCCGACCUCAGCAUUAGGAGAACUGAACGAUCAGACAGUGCUCUCUUUACCUGCGUCGCUACAAAUGCAUUCGGAUCUGACGACACCAGCAUCAACAUGAUCAUUCAGGAGGUACCCGAAGCGCCUUAUGGCUUAAAGGUAUUGGACAAAUCUGGAAGAACCGUACAACUAUCAUGGGCUGCACCUUACGACGGAAACUCACCUAUCAAGAAGUUCCUCAUUGAAUACAAACGUGCUAAGGGUAACUGGGAAAAAGAUAUUGACAGGGUACUCGUUCCUGGAGAUGCAACCGAGGCCGGAGUAUUCAGUCUGAGACCAGCCACCGCCUACCACAUCAGAAUUGUUGCUGAGAACGAACUUGGAACUUCUGAACCAUCGGAGACCGUCACCAUUAUCACCGCUGAAGAAGCCCCCACUGGAAUGCCCCAAGACGUAAAAGUUGAUGCUGUCGACAAACAUACGCUCAGAGUUACCUGGAAACCACCCCAGCCUCAGGACUGGAAUGGCGAACUUCAAGGAUACUACGUUGGAUACAAAUUGGCUUCAAGCAAUAAGUCGUUCGUAUUCGAAACUGUAGACAUCUCAAAGGAAUCUGGCAAGGAACACCAUCUCGACAUCUUCAACCUGAAAACAUACACCCAAUAUGCGAUGGUAGUACAGGCUUUCAACAAGAUGGGAUCAGGUCCUGUAUCAAACGAAGUCCGAGCGUACACCGCAGAAGGUGCCCCCUCAGCCCCUCCCCAGGAUGUUCUCUGCACAACCCUGACCGCCCAAACCAUUCGCGUCUCAUGGGUGUCUCCCCCCCUGGCCGCCGCUAACGGACUCAUCAAAGCUUAUAAAGUUAUCUACGGACCCAGCGAAACUUGGUAUGACGAGAAGAGCAAGGACACUAAGAUCACUGCUAGCAGCGAAACAAUCCUCCACGGUCUGAAGAAGUUCACCAACUACUCCAUGGAAGUACUGGCCACGACUAAUGGAGGUGACGGCGUACGAUCGGCACCCAUCCACUGCCAGACUGAACAAGACGUACCGGAAGCUCCUCGAGCGGUAAAAGCAGUAGUUAUGGGACAGGAAUCCAUUCUGGUGUCAUGGCGAGCCCCCGCUCAACCCAACGGAGUUGUCACACACUACAACGUCUACACGCAGGCACAGAACUCCGAACCCCACGCUAACAAGGUUCCAGCGUCCCAAACAAGCUACUCCGCCACUGACCUGAAAGCCGGCCGUUAUGACUUCUGGGUGACCGCCUCGACUAUCAUUGGAGAAGGACAACCCUCAGCCACCGCCUCCUGCAGCCCCAGCGAUAAAGUACCAGCCAAGAUCGCUUCUUUCGACGAAUCAUUCACCGCUACAUACAAGGAAGACGUCAAACUGCCCUGUCUCGCCGUCGGUGUACCUCCCCCUAAUAUUCUGUGGAAGGUUAAAGGUCAGCCACUAGAUGCAUCAGAGCGUGUCCGUCAGUUGCCCGAAGGCUCCCUCCAGAUCGCGGGCGUGGCUCGUGAGGACGCCGGCGAAUACUCCUGCCAUGUUGACAACCAAUUCGGAACAGACACAGUCACACACACAUUAUCCGUACUGGCCCCACCAUUCCCCCCACAAUUGAGCAUCGCGUCAUCAUCGGUAUCAUCGCUCACUCUUCGUCUCAAACCCUCCAUGGACGCGGAUCAGUCUCCCGCCGCCGGAUACACCAUACAUUACAAACAGGAAUUCGGAGACUGGGAAACUGUUCAGAUUCCAAGCAAUACUGACACCUACACUUUGGAGAAUCUGUUCUGCGGAUCCAGAUAUCAGCUCUACGUUACAGCCUACAACGGUAUUGGCACUGGUGAAGCGUCUGACGUGGUGAUCGCUCGCACCCGCGGUUCCAAGCCCCCCGUACCACGCGCCGCUGACUUCAUCGAGGUGGGAUCUUCGUCUGUUACCCUCCACUUGAAACAAUGGCUGGAUGGAGGCUGCCCUAUGAGCCACUUCGUCGUCGAAAACAAGAAGAAGGGUGCUGCUGAAUGGAAUCAAAUCUCCAACGCCGUUAAACCUGGUGGAAACUUUGUUGUACUUGAUCUCGAACCCGCCACUUGGUACGUGCUUAGGAUCACCGCCCACAACAACGCUGGAUUCAACGUCGCCGAAUACGAGUUCGCCACCCUCACCAUGACCGGAGGCACCAUAGCCCCACUGCCUGGUAACGCUGAGGAUAAGGAGCUGCCUCCGUGGGUGAAGGCGUGGUUGGAACCGGAAGUAUUAGUACCGAUCCUGGCCACCAUAGUUGUGUUUAUAGUCGGGAUGGUUGUUAUCUGUCUAACCCUCGCCAGAAGGAACACCCCCCAUCGCCUGCGAGGUCAGAAGGAGUACUAUGACGCCGUGUACAACACUUCCGGUGCUGCUAUGGGCGGUGCUGGCGGUACUCUGGACAAACGAGGUGGACUCCGUGAUGAAUUGGGAUACAUCGCGCCUCCCAAUCGCAAACUACCCCCUGUGCCCGGCUCCAACUACAACACGUGCGACCGCGUCAAACGUCAAGCUGUUAUUAUGGGCGCGCACUCCACGUGGGACCCUCGCAGACAUCACUACGAGAGAAUACGACGCAUGAGAAGGACAAAUUCUGGUGAAACUAUCUCCACAGGCAUGGAAGACGAGAUCUGCCCCUACGCGACCUUCCACCUGUUAGGUUUCCGUGAAGAGAUGGACCCAAGCAAGGCGAUCGCUUUCCCCCACCACCAUCCCUCCCACGCCGGCACCCUCGCACACCCACACCCUCACCCACAUCACCCCGCGCACUCACGAGCUGGAUCUCAGAGCAUGCCCCGCGCUAACAGCCGUUACGCCCGCAAGAACUCUCAAGGAGGACAAAGUGCUAUUUAUUCCACCGCUCCCGAGUACGACGAUCCUGCCACCUGCGCUGAAGAAGACCAAUAUCGUGCCCGCUACUCUCGUCCAAUGUACGCCUGCGGUCCUGAGUACGAUGAACCCGCCUGCUGCGCCCCCGAGGACGAACAAUAUACUGGAGCCUACGGCACCCCAUACUCUGACCACUACGGAUCACGACCCAGCAUUGGAACCCGUAAAUGCGGCAGCUCCCCCGAGCCCCCACCACCACCACCCCGCAACAACACCGACAACAACUGCUCAUCAUCCUUCAACGAAAGCAAGGACUCCAACGAGAUCUCCGAGGCGGAAUGUGACCAACCACGUAACUACCCCGUAAGGGCCCACACUGUCAAGGAUGGUAUGCACAGCGACGAAAUGAGGAAACUCAUUGACAGGUCAGUACAAACAGACCGUAAUACAUGGACACAGAUUAUAUCAAACCUUAAUCUGAUGAAUACAGAUUACCAACAAAAAAGAAAUUAAAUCAAUAUUUGAUAACAUACAUUUUAAAUUUCAAUUCUGAUAAAUGCACUUUGCACAAGAUAUAAAUUAUCAACUAAUAUAUUAUAAUAUAUUUUUUAAAAGUUACUAAUUACCGUUUCCUUGUGUGUGAGCUAUUUUGUGUCACAGUAUCUUGGACACGAUAGAGUUAAAUAUGAAUAGUCUAUGCCGGUAUUAAGCAUGUGUUAUGUUCUGCAUCCAUGGUCUACAGGAAACAGUAAGUCAAUGUAUGUCAAAAACGGAAUAACCAAUUGCUGAAUGUUGUUUAAUUUUGCCUGAAAUGAUUUUUGUUUUGUAAUAAUCUUAUGUGGCUAACACUUUUAAACCAUUGCACUAAAGUAUUUAUUUUUGCUAAUCAUAUUUUAGGCAUUCCGUGUUACGGAUUAUGUUUAUUUUUGAAUAUAUGUAACACUAGUCCACCUAUACCCAAAUUUAUACUAUAAUGAUUUUUGUUUUAAGAAAGUAAAUACUGCAACACCCAUAUAACCAUUCUAUAUGAAGCUUCUUAGUAAAAAUAUAUAACUAUAGCAUAAUAAAAUUAUCGAUAGCCAUUUCUGACAAGGGUUCACUAUUAAACUAUGUUUAGAAUAAACUUAAAACAAUAUAAUAGCUUUAAUCGAUAAUUUUACUAACCAUCCCCCCGAGGCCAUUAUCCUUGAUCUAUGUAUUACAAUUUUCAUUGCAGUAUGUAAACAAAUUCUGCAUUAAUUAUAAAUUCUUAGCCUACAUACCAUUGUCGUGAAUUACAUUUACCAUUCAUAAUUUGUGUGACUAGAUUGUUAAUUCGUUAUAUAUAAAUUUACCUUAAUCCCAUGAAUAAAGUUCAUAAAAAAUCGUUUCAAAACUAAAUGCUAUUUAUCUGUGUUUAUAUAUAUAUUAAUCUACUGUGUUGCGCAUUUCAGACCAGAAGCAACCACCCCAAUCCCCCAGCAAGCAGUCCACGGGCGGGGGGGACUCACAGCCUACGAUACUGUGGCAGUGUAACUUGUAAACCGAACCCCCGACACGACAUCCGACACGACACCCGACACACCUUACACAUUAAAACACCCCGUAAGCCACACUAAAAACCAAAACCACGCUUCUGCUGAGGCAGGCUUCGAAAUUUAAAUUUUAGUGCAUUCAAUACCGCUUCGCUUCCGCAGUUACGUUGCAUCAGCCUCACAGAAACGUGGUCGCAAACAUCAUUCACUUUAACGGUGUGUUUUCAUCCCGUUUUAUUCAGUUCGGUUAUUUUCAUUAAAUAUUAACGCACAUAUGUGCUACAUAAAUGCGUUUAGUCAUCGGUGCCGCAGCGUACUGAGUCGGAUGGCCGCCAUUACUUAGUAGCCCCCGCACGUCACUUAACGUAGUGUUACCAUGUGAAACGGAAAAUUAUGGUUGUGGUAGUUUAUUCAAAUUGAUAUAUCCUUUAGAAGUGACGUGAUAACAAUACCUGACAAUAUUUAUCGGCCGGCAAACCGACUCCGUACGCUUGUCUGAUGGCGUUAAAUUUAUUUUGAUCUUAUUUGUUUAGCUUAAUUUAAAGUGCGAUGACGUACGGAAACGUGCUGGAUCUUGGGGCGGAAUAUUAUUGAGGUUCCAAUUUAAAUUAAGCUCAACAUGUAAUAUUGUGAUAUUUUGAAUUUUUUUAACCCAUUUUUUUUUAUUGUGACUAACACAAACGUUAUUUAUAUUUGCCUAAUUUAAGAUAUGUGACAAUGCUUCCGUUUAUAUGUUACAUUAUUUUUCAUGAAAUGCUUUUACCAUUUAUGUUAUUGCUACGUAUUAUUUAGUAAUGAUUUUUGAUGUUUUCAUUUUGAUUUACAUUAACUCUUUAGGUAAGAUUAGAAUUUAAGGCAUCUUAUUAGCGUUUAAUCAACUCUUUAAACAAAAAUACUAUGUAACCUGUAGCUAGUUAUGUAAGUACUAUGCAUUAUAAACUUUCAAUACAUUAUAUUAAGUAACCAAUAACCGUAACAUUUUAAUCCAUGUGUAAUAAUAUACAAUGAGUUUCAUCGAUUUACAGAACAUUCACAGUUCCAAAGUUUGAUUCGCUGACAGUGAAGUGUCACUGAUGAUUAGAAACCUGAAAAACUUUGGAACUGUCUGUGUUUAGUCAAAACACGUACUAAAGGUACUGAUCUCUAAAGUGUAACAACUGAUUCAGGAUUAAAACUGCAAUACAAUUAGUACCCCCACAUAUGAUAAGGAUUUUAUUAUUCAAUAUCAAUAAUAUUAUAAUCUUGUAUGCAAUGUGUAGUUUUAAGACAUUCGUGUCCUUUUUUAGAUGUCUUCUUAUAUGUUGUGUCAUCGUUGUGUAAGCUUUUGAAGUAGGCUUCUAGAUAGGUUCCUCGCGACUUCCUAGCAACCGAUCUCUUCUUAAAAACCUUCCAAUUAGAAUCUUUGGAUUAAUCUAGUUAAAAUUCUAAUAACGUUUUAAAUAAGGAUAUUCGAAAUUAUGAUGUAGCUAUUUAAUGGAAAAUUAAAAUAAUCGACACGUUAAGCGCUAUGCAAAAAUAAUGCAUUUCAAAGUGAUUGAUUUUUGUGAACCAAAUUUUUUGAUGUUUUUCGCUUUAUCGUGAGUUAAGUUUUGCGGCUUGUGGGAAUAUUUUUUUUUUUAAUAAACGCAAAAAACCCAUUGCUAAUUGCGAUUAACUGUUUGUACCAAAGUGUUUUUUGAUUUGUGUUGAAUAAAGUACUCAUAUUUCAACUACGAA